AUGAAAUUUUACACUAUUUUAGGGGAUGAUAUUUCAACAUUGCAUUCAUGUACUUUAGUCAACAGAUUAUGGUGUCGUUCGGCGAUUUCAUUAUUAUGGGAAGAUCCAUUUUCAUUUAACCACGUCCAAAAUUUUCAAUAUUUUGAAAUUUACUUACAUUAUUUAAAUGAAGAUGAUAAAGCGAAAUUAAAUGAAUAUGGAAUUAAUAAUAAUUUGUUACUUUCGAGUACAUUAUUCAAUUAUCCUAGUUUUAUUAAACGUUUAAAUACACAUAAAGUUAGUUCUUCUAUUGAAAUUUGGCUCUCAAGAACUUUAAUGGCUGAAAAUUAUGAUAACUGUCAGGAGGCGGAAAAAGUAGUUUAUAGAUUAUUACUUAAAAUGUUUAUUGAAAAUGAAGGAAGUUUAGAUUCUUUUGAAAUUAAAGUGACUUCUAAAAAUAAUUAUAGUUACUUUAAUGAUACUAUGGAAUUUGCUUUGCAAAAUCCAAAUUUUAUUUGCAAUGUUAGAAAUUUAAUGAUAAAUAUAUCUGCUAGAUGUAUCAAGCUUCCUAAAAAGACCUUUCCUUUUCUCAAAUUUUUACAUUCUAAUUGUAAUUCAAUCUCAUCAUUUUCUUAUAAAAUUUUUGAAUUUGAUGUGGAUAAUAAUCGCACCUUAAUUGGAAAAUGUUUAUCACAAAUGAUUUUUACACAACAGAAUCUCAAAAAAAUUUUAUUUGAAUGCAACAACUUCUUCUACAAUUCAUUUUCUUUAUUAAAAAAUUCCAAUAUUUCAAAUACCUUGAAAAUAAUUACAUUCUAUUCAAUUGAUUUUAAAAUUAUAAUUACCAAUUUUCAAGAAAUAUUCAAUCAAUUGAAUGUUUUAGAAUCUAUUCAUAUUAUUUAUUGCGAUUCUCUAAAUUCUGAAAUUGCUCAACAAAUUAUUAAUGUUACCAAGCCAUUUAGAUUGAAAACUUUGAUCAUGGAUCAAGAUACAUUACAAGUAGAAUCAUUACAAUUAUUAUUACAAAAGUUUGGUAGUGAUUUAGAAAAUUUUAAAUUUGGAUAUUAUGAAAGUUAUACACCAGAACAAAAAAAUCAAUUGUUAAAAUCAAUUGUAAAAUAUUGUACGAAAAUUAAAUAUUUUGAUAUAGAUAAAACCGAUGAUAUAAGUAUUAAUCUAGUAUUUAACUUAAUUGAAAAUAUUAAACAAAGUCUUAAUUAUUUUAUUAUUGAAUAUAAAAAUUUUCGUUAUUCUGUUAGUUAUAGAGAUCUUUGUUCAACAAUAUUAAAUAAUUUAGGACAAGUUCUUCCUUCUGAAUUAGAAUUUUUAAAAUUAUGUUUUGAUAUUGAACCAAGCAAUUUAAAGAUAUUUUUAGAAAAUUCUCAAAAUACUUUUAUUAGAAGAUUAUUUAUUAGAAAUGUUUGUAAAGAGAAAGGUGAAGAUAUUUUGCCUUAUAUAAAAGAAUAUAUUAUGAAAAAGAAAAGGGUUAAGUAUUUAGCUAUUUAUGGUUAUCAAGAUUUGAUUUCUUUAAAAGAUGAGGUAAAUGAAUUUAAAUUACAUAAUAUUAAAAUUGAAAGUUAUUAUAAUUCUUAUGAUCUUGUAGAAAAUUUUAGAUAUUACUAUAAAAUUGAUAAUGAUUUUUAG